AAGAUAUUUUAAGCUCAGAAUUCUUUAAAAUAUUGAAAAAAGCAAUUUAUUAACGCAAUCUAUUGUUUAUAUGCUAACAAAAUUAAUAAUACCUCUCCCCAAAAAAUCCUAGAUACGCUCAUGUCGGAUUUACUGUCUGAUCAUUACACGUGACCACUUUGUUCGCGGCAACAAUUGCUCGCAAUUGCGCCGCACUUCAGACCGCUCGUGGUAGUAGCGCGGCUUUAAGGGAUACGUACGUGCAAUUGCGUCGCAUCGAACAACAAAAGUAAUUUCCGAUAAAAACAAAAUAAACAUGGAUAAUCAGGAGAGUCACGAUGAUCCCCAAUUCGUGAAGGUGCUGGAAACCUGUUUAAAAAUGGAAAUCGAGUCGGUCCGGAAAAAUCUCGACGUUAACACAGCGGAAAUAAGACAAAUGAAGGCGACAAUACACAGCGAGAUUAAUAGGAGAAAGGAACUCAAAGGCAAGAUGGCGCAGAUGAAAAAAACUAAAUGGAUAUUAGGCGAGACUUUAACAAAGUUAUACAUAAACAUCAGCGAAAUCUCGGAUAUGUUAGAAACUAUGAAAGCAAAUGCCGACGAUCAGUACAAGCUGAUUCAGCUGAGGACACAAGAGUAUCAGGACAUCAUUGCCGGAUACAAGAAAACGUGGGAUGAAUAUCGUGUUAUAUACGAGGAAUUUCCAUUGGCGAAGGCCAGAAGAGCGGCUGAGAUCAAUUUGGAGAAACUUAAAAUCGAGCAUAGAAUCACGUCUUAUAAGAAAGCGGAGAUAAUAACGAUUAUCAAGCAGAGACGCCGUAUUGACUGGAUCCGUAUGCGCUGCAAGAUAAUUGAAUUCGUCACCGUAAUGUUGGAACGUAUGAAAUUUGAGGAAAAAUUAACGAAGCUGAAAGGGAAUGUGAAGAAUAAGAAAAAAGAUUUGCAGUCAAUCGAAGCGGAGCUGAAAGUAUUACACAAGAAGGAGGAGGAUCAGAAAAGACGGAGAAAGAAGGAAAUGCUGCAAAUGGCUCCGCCGAAGAUCAAUAUACCAUUUCGAGAGAUGAUGCACGCUCAAAAUCAAAUGCGCGCGAGAACAUCAGUACAGCAUCAGAUUCAAGAGCCCUUUGAUGAUACCAUAUCCGUCAAUACCUUGUACCUGGAGGAAUUAUGCAUAAAUGAGAACGCUACAGCGUCGUCGCUCGAGCGAAUGGACGUAGAUACAAUACAUGACAAUGAUUAUAAUGAACUUCAUGCGGUCGAAGCGGAAUUAACGUUUAAUUCCAAAAGUGCGAUUGUUUCGGAAAAUGAUAAUACGCGACCCGCUUCGGUAGCGCCGGAGCUAAGCGCUGAAAAAGAGAUUUUGACAGACAACGAUGUAGAAAUGAGAGAGAUCCAUCAUGACGAGAUACAAAAGUCGCAGGAGUCCGUUAAAACGCAACUAAGCUGCCGUAAUAAAGAAAGUCCGCUCAAGCAUAGCGCUGCUGGGAAUACGCAAGAUGAAGUUCAAGCGAAAAGAAUUCGACUUGAAAGGCAGGAUAGUGAGCAAAGUAUCAAUAAAAUAACUACCCGUCAGCCGUCGACUAUUAAAGAAAUGGGUUCGAAAUCUUUGCUUCGGUCGAUUCCGCAGAUUAAAAAAAUAGAAUCCGUACAUUACAAUAUUACACCGUUGAUGCCGGUACCAAAACCUGUUCAGCAUUCGACUGUCGCUACCAGCAGUAUGUUUUCUCCGAUGCAUUACGAGUACUGUGACAGCAAUAUGAGUUCUAUCGAUCAGGAUUUUGUUUCAAAAGGUGCACCAUCAUUUUGCGGGGACUCUAUGUGUAAUUAUAAAUUAUCUCCGACUUCCAAUUUAUCAAUUUCUAUCGACGAAGACGCGCAGAUGGCUCCUUCCUCGAGAUAUGCGACGCAGCAGCAUAAUAAAACUGAAUCUGGGGACAAGAGCUCGGAGUUCGAGCUCAGUAAUUUACUGAAAAAAGCAAAGGAUGACUUUUCUUUAUUUUAAAGAAAGAAAAAAAAAUAUUGUUUAAACCAUCUAGAUUUUAUACAUAAUCCAACAUAAUUUCAAUGACGUAUUAAAAAAGUCUAUAUAUCAUACAAGUUAAGUUCUAUUACAUUGAUUAAGCAAAAUAAAUUCAUUUAUUAUUAUAUUUCUAAUUGUACCAAAAAUAGAGACUUAAAAUAUAACUAUACAAUAUAAAUGUAA